GAGCCACCACUCAAGACUGAAGACUUUUCCUAACACCUUCUCAUUUCUGUCUUUUACUCAUUUGAUCAUCUUCUUUUCCUUUCUUUUUCACAACCCAUUUCUAAUUAUCUCACCACUCAACUUCACUUUCUUUCUAUCUCUUCUUUUUUAAUUAUUCACAAACAUGAGCUCUUCCAUUGAACAAGUUGAUGAUAGAGAUUUGGAGAAAGGAAUGGCAAGUCCAUCAUCGCUUGUCGAGCAAUCGCUAGAACCAUCACCUUCACCAUCUCCGUCAGCUGCGACAGCACCAGCUUUGGUGUUGUCUAAUUCCGGCAAGAGGAUUGAUCAAGCUGGGAAGAAGAAGUAUGUAAAGCAAGUGACUGGCCGCCACAAUGACACGGAGCUGCAUUUGGCAGCUCAGCGGGGAGAUCUUGCUGCUGUGAAGAAGAUUCUCGAUGAUAUAAAUAAUCAAAUGGUCGGGACUUUAAGUGGAGCUGAUUUCGAUAACGAGGUAGCUGAAAUUAGAGCAUCGGUUGUGAAUGAAGUAAAUGAAUUAGGGGAGACGUCUAUGUUUACUGCAGCUGAGAAGGGGCAUCUUGAGGUUGUGAAGGAGUUGUUAAAGUAUUCCAGCAAGGAGACAUUGACGAAGAAGAAUCGAUCUAUGUUUGAUCCUCUGCACAUAGCUGCUACUCAAGGGCAUCAUGCUAUUGUCCAGGUGCUUCUAGAACAUGAUCCAGAGCUUAGCAAAACUAUAGGGCCAUCACAUGCAACCCCUCUAAUAUCAGCAGCUUCAAGGGGACAUAUAUCUGUAGUAAAUGAGCUACUGUUAAAGGAUUGUAGUUUGUUGGAGAUUCCCAGAUCAAAUGGGAAAAAUGCAUUGCAUUUGGCUGCCAGACAGGGACAUGUGGAAAUUGUGAGGUCAUUGCUUGAAAAGGAUCCACAGUUAGCAAGAAGAAAAGAUAAGAAAGGACAGACUGCAUUGCAUAUGGCUGUCAAAGGUGUUAGCUGUGAGGUGGUAAAACUGCUGCUUGAUGCGGAUGCAGCUAUUGUGAUGCUUCCAGACAAGUUUGGUUACACAGCACUACAUGUAGCCACCAGGAAGAAGCGAGCUGAGAUAGUGAAUGAGUUGUUAUGCCUCCCUGAUACCAAUGUUAAUGCACUAACAAGAGAACAUAAAACUGCUCUGGACAUAGCUGAAGGUCUCCCACUCUCUGAAGAUUCAUCAGAUAUAAAAGAUUGCCUAAUUCGUCAUGGUGCUGUUAGAGCUAAUGAGCUGAAUCAACCAAGAGAUGAAUUGAGGAAUACUGUGAGUCAAAUAAAGAAAGAUGUCCACACACAGCUUGAGCAAACUAAGAGAACAAACAAAAAUGUUCAUGGAAUUGCAAAAGAACUCAGAAAACUUCAUCGAGAGGGAAUCAACAAUGCCACCAACUCGGUCACUGUGGUGGCGGUGCUUUUUGCAACAGUAGCAUUUGCAGCUAUUUUUACUGUGCCUGGUGGAGAUAACGAUGAUGGAACGGCUGUUGUAGUGAGCCGUGCAUCUUUUAAAAUAUUUUUUAUCUUUAAUGCCAUCGCACUUUUCACUUCCUUGGCUGUUGUCGUGGUUCAGAUCACGUUAGUUAGAGGUGAGACAAAAGCAGAAAGAAAGGUAGUGGAAGUGAUUAACAAGCUUAUGUGGUUAGCUUCUGUAUGUACUUCCGUGGCAUUUAUGGCAUCUUCUUACAUUGUGGUCGGUCGUAAGUAUGAGUGGGCUGCAAUUUUGGUUACAGUGGUAGGUGGAGUGAUAAUGGCUGGAGUUCUUGGCACCAUGACUUACUAUGUUUUCAAGUCUAAGAGAAACCGAUCAAUGAGAAAGAAGGGGAAGUCUGCGAGGAGUGGCUCCAACUCAUGGCAUCAUUCUGACUACUCUAAUUCAGAAGUUGACCGGAUAUAUGCUCUCUAAAGUUAUAGGGGACAGAGAAUCUAGCUUCUUAAUACUACCCCAGCGUUGAAUACGGCUGAGGGACUUUCGCACUGAGGGACUGUUGCAAGACAGCUGUAAGCUCAUUAUGUUGUAAUUAUGAAUAGAGCACUCUUCAAGUCUAGUCUAGCUCAAGGGUGUAUAGUCCACACCUUUCACUAGAUUAGAUCUGAGUAUUGGUGUUUUUUUUAAUGAGAAAUUUAAGAUACAAGAUCUUCCUGAAAGACCUGGAAGACAUAUAUCAGGAUUUCGUAUUAUAUCCAAAAUGCUUGAGCAUUUGGUGGAUGGAAGCUCUUGUAUGAAGUCUGUAGGGGUAAGCUGAUUGCAGCAAAAGAAUGAUAUAUCAUAUGAUAUUCUUAAUGGAGAAUGAACUGUAUAAAGAUAUGUUGCGUUUCCAACUCUCAA